UGUGGAUUUAUUUUAAUAAAAAGAAAAUGGGACCUGUGCGACUAUCGAAACAAAUCUGUCCCUCCACCUUCACCUGGCAAGGGACUUUGGAUGCGAACGGGGUGCUCAGAGUAUCAAAGAGGUCUUUGGGGAUGGGAUCGACAGGAGACAUGCGUCGAGUUGGUGAUGCACAUGAUCUACUACGCAGAGCAGCUAUUGACGCCGGAUGGGUCACUCAAAUCGUGGAAAGACGUAAGAAACGGCAGGAAAGGUCCAAAGCACUCUCCAGCAUAGUCCAACAACCUCCAGGAUCUCAUGAACCAAACGAACUACACUGUAGACUUCCAGGAAGAGUUGUACAGACAGAGCAAGGAAGAGUUGCAGCAGCACGGCCGCGACCAGCAGAAUCGGAAGCAGCAAGGCAGAAAAGGAAAGCGACGUUUGUAGAGGAGGAAAUGAGGCAGUAUCUACACUUGGACGCAGAUCAACGGCGGAUAAAGGAGGAAGACAUCAACGCGGCAUUACAACUCAAGGAGAAGACGAAGGAAGCAGAAUAGUACGCAAACGAACGCUGCAAGAAAUCCAAAAUGCAGAAAGAAUUGAAAGAUCGCGAACGUAAGGAGUGGAACAAGCUGACAAAGGAGCAGAAGGACCAAAGAAAAAGAAAAAGAAAAAGAAAAAGAAAAAG